AUGGGAGACACUGCCAAAAGUGUUAAUAUUAAAGUUAGUCCAAAAAGUAAAUGUACUAAAAAAAGAAGGGGAUAUCCUUUGAUAUUUUCAAUACUUUUUCUUUUCCUUUUUUUGUUACCACAGUCAUUUUUAUAUGUCGCAAACAAAGAAUGCUAUAAUACUACUAUUGUUAAUGCUGAUGUAUCUGGCCAUUCGUGGGAUUUAAAGCAGUCACUAUCUGAUGUGUAUAAACAAGAUUUAUGCCAGUUAUAUACAACCUAUAUAAUCACACCACAAGAACAUAAGGAGGGGAAAGAUUUAAAUUUACUUUUAAUUAAUAAGAAAAUAUAUGAUACGUAUGUUUAUCCAUAUGUGGAAAGUAGUUAUUUAAAGUUCAAAAUCAUAUAUUAUAAGGUACUUUAUUAUUAUAAAUCAAACCGUGGCUCUGUUUUCUCGGAUGAUAAAAAUGACUUUUGCACGAAAUUAAAAAAGAGGGUUGAUCAAUUUAAAUUAUGUUUGGUGUCUAAUUGGUAUUAUAUUGAGUGCAAAACAAAAAAUUUGUUUGAUAUGAGUAUGAAAUAUUGUUUUAACAAAUUAAAUGUGAAAAAUGAAACACAGCAUAUUGUGGAAAAAGAAACGGAGAAAUCGGACGUAUUGAAUGAAAUUACCGAAAUUCCUACCAAAAUUACACAAACUAUUGAUGUUACUGAAACAGUGACUUUAUCUGAUGAUAUGGUUGGUGGCAAUUUACCAGAAACUAGUUCUCAACAACAACGAGAAGAAGAAGAAGAAGAAGAAGCUAUCUCUGUUUUAUCUUUAGAAGAAGAAUAUAAGCUCUGGUUUGAUGUGAUUGAUAAUCAAUUAACUAAAAUGCAGGGAAUUUUGGAAAAAAAAAUUGAAAAUUUUGAGAAUACUCAAAUAAAUAAUGUAAAAGACGAUUUCACUAAUGAUUUACAAAAAUUGACGAAUUUAAGUCUUACUCACACAAUGCUAAUUAAGAAAGCCAUAUUAGAUAUAGAGUGUAAACCGCUGGAAUUAAAUAGCACAAGUGGUGGUGAGCACGGAUAUUAUUUGUUUUUCAAUGCUAGAGGUGACCAAUGUGAGAAAUACAUUAUUAGAGAAUAUGUUAGAACAUUAUUUUCUAACGCCAAAAAAGAAUGCGAAUAUAUGACUAACAAUGUAAUUCUAAGCAAAAUUAAUAGUUUCAUUGAAAGCUUUAACGCUGGCCUUGAACUAUUAAAGGAAAAUCAAAUUGAAAUUUUUGAAGAGUGGGCAGAUUCAUUAAUGGGAGAAUGGAAAAAAAGGUUGAUUUUAUCCAAUUUAAAUAAUGGGGAUCAAGAUUUGAGUAAUUGGGACAAAUAUCUUGAAUUAAAGAAUAAAAUAUUGAAAACAAGGGAUGAUUUGGUUAAUUAUGAAAUGAAUUUAGAUGUUAUUCAAAAAUAUGUUAAUGAAUUGAAAAGACAUUUAAAAGUUAUAAGUACAGAUGGCGGUGAAACCUUUUCGAUAUUAAGGGCAAAGGCUAAUUUGAAAUUCCAAGAAAGAGAGUCAAAGGAAAAGGAAGAUAAAAACAAAAAAAUGCAACAAGAACAAAAAGAAGAACAAAAAGAAGAACAAGAACAAGAACAAGAACAAGAACAAGAACAAGAACAAGAACAAGAACAAAAAUAA